AUAGCAGUCAGUGUUCGCGAUGACGUAAUCCCGAUCCGGAUUGCCACCAAAACAACAACAAGCAGCCACCAACCAUACCACGUUGAAUGCCCCGCCGCUCUUCAACUAAAUAGCAAAGCCUUAUCAAUUGAGAAAGGCUGAUCCCCACAUCGGAGAAUAUAAACUAAAGAAACAUAGAACAAAUUCGGAACUGUUCCCUUAAUCAUUUACAAAUUCGUAGCCUGAGUCAUUUGCCGUGGAAAGUUAAGAUCAGUUGUUUCUAGGAGUGAGCGUAACCCAGACCUGAGGAAGAACUGUUGCCUUGGUUUGAUCUAAGUAGUGGUGAUAAUAGUACAGAAAUGGAGGAAGAGGACUGUCCCAACACCUCGAGCAGUCAACCCACUCCACAAAGCCCAAAGGAGAUAGAUGAGAGAGACACACCUAACCUAACAGAAACGCCCCUUCCUAGUCAGAGCUUUGACGUGGAUCAGACUGGCACGUCUAACCUAGGAGAGGUGCACCAGCUCAGUCAGUCCACUCCACAGAGCUCAAUGGAUCAGAGUGGUUCACCUAACACUGAGGAAGCAUCCCUAUCCAGACAAUCCACUCCGCAAAUGCCAGAGGAGAUGGAUCAGAGUGACUUGUCUAAUCUAGAAGAGCCUUUGUCUGGACGGUCCAUCCCACACAGCCCAGAGGAGAUGGAUCAGAGUGGCACACCUAAAUUAGAACACUUUUCUAGUCAGUCCAGUGACCUUACAUUAAAUAAGGAAAGUCUAGAUAUAGAGAGUAAGGACAGCACCAUAAUAUCAACCACUGAGGACACCACAUCAUGCCCUAUAGAGGCGCCUGUGUCCUUAUGUAAUGAGUUCACUAGUGAUAGCAACUUAAAUAUGCAAAGUGAGGGUUGCACUACUGCUUCAGUAAGUCAGGACACCAUAUCAUGUCCAGAAGUGUCCACAUCAGUCAACCAACCUACUGACAAUAAUAUAACCACUGAGAGUGAGGACUGUGCCGUCACACUUAAUUCUCAUGCUGCCAUUCCAUCUCCUGUGGCACCUCUACCUAACCAGGAAGAGGGUGUGCCAGGGCUUGUGACACCAUCUACCCCUUCACAUGUUGGAACAACUUUAUCAACCACAGACAACCUCACAAAUAUCUCCAGUCAGGACAGCAAUAAUGGCCAUUCAAGAUCUGGACAGAAAGUUAAAAGAGGUCUAAAGAGAAAGAUUCCAUUAGCAAAUAAAGGCAUUCAGACCUCGAUUCAUCUUCUGGAUUCCAACAGUACCUUUCGUGAUCGCAUCGUUGACCUUGACACCUUAAGGAAAGAAACUGGCGUGAUGUGCAUAGAGUCUCUGCAGGACCUAGAUGUAUCCCUGGAUGAGUGGCCCAUGCUCCUGGUGAGUCAGCUGCGGCUUCGUGACACCAUCAUCAACAACCUGAAUGGUGUUAUCCGAGAGCUGGUGGAAGGUGGGCAGGUGCUGGAGCAGGACCUGGACUACCUCAAGCUGAAGGUCUUGGAACUGCAACAGGAGACAAAGAGGAGAGCAAAAGAAGAUAAGCAAAGCCAAAAAAGUCCAGGGAAGGAGACAGAGAGCCAGACAACGGAGGAGGACUUUGCUGAGGCAUGGAGCAAGUGGUACUAUGGCUGUUGGGGAGAGUACUACAGUGAGAAUGAUCCCACCUCCUCUAUGUAUUGGCCAGGCCACUACACACAGCAAGCUACUGUAGCAUCCAAAGACACUAGAGAGGAAGAAAUAAAGCAGGAAGUGGUAGAGAAGGAGCAGGGAGAAGAUACAGGUAAGCCACAGGAAGAACUGAAUAGUGAAAGUGACAGUGUGAAGAAGAAGAAGAAGAAGAAAGAAAAAGAGAAAGAGAAAGAAUCCUCUCAUACAAAGUUAGAAAGGAGGAACUCAGAAAAGAGGAAAAAACUGAAAGGUAAAAGGAAGAAAUACAAAAGAGAAAAUUCCAACUCAGAAAAAAUUAGUGUAGAGAAACAAGAUAAAAGAACACACAGUACAGAUGAAAAAAUUAAAAAUAAAGAAAAGGCAGGGCAUAAAAGGAGAGGAACAGAAAAUAAUAACAAGGCUCAGAUCACUGAUUCACCAGUAACCACUCAACCAACCCAGGAGGCAAUUACCAGUACUGCAUCCACCACUGAGCUGAAUGGGACAGAGGGGAAGGACGGCAAAGUUCAUGGGUGGGACACAUCGCAGAGCAUCUCCCAGCAGGUGGCGUCAGUGGCAGCACAAGCAGUGGUAGACAGUGGCUAUGUCUUCCAGGAGGAGUUGGGUCUGUACUAUGACUACAACACCGGUUACUACUACAAUGCUGAAAAUGGGCUUUAUUAUGACACCAAAAGCGGGACUUACUUCUACUAUGAUCACACCACUCAGAGCUAUCAGUUCCACUCCCAGGUCAGCCCCACUGCCACCAACAACAACAAGAAAAGCCGUAAACGAAAGACAGCUAAAAAGGAAAGAACCAAAUCAUCAAAUAAGAAUGAAGAUACAGAAGAUAGAGAAGAAGGAGAAUGUACAGAAUCAGAUGGUGAAGAUGAUGAUGUAGAGGAAGAGGAUGAAAAGGAAGAGGAAGAGGAGGAAGACACAGCCUCACCAGUUCAACAUGAAGAAGAGCCACCAGGGGGAGGAGACAUCCCGCCCUCACUGCGGCUGAUGGUGGUGGAGGGCGGGGAGCGAGUGCGUGUGGGGGAGCUGCACGUGGUGACCCUGAAUGGGGGAACAGUGGGCAGGGAGUCAACAAAUGAUGUUCAUCUUCCUGAUCUUAAUGUGAGCAAGAUGCAUGCAGAGAUUGAGUAUCGCAGCACAGGAGCCGAGGAUCACCACUACUUCCUUCGUGAUCUUGGCAGCAACAAUGGCACUUUUGUAAACAGCAUGAGACUCAGUGAGGCACGGCAACCCAGCAAGCAGGUGGAGGUGGGUCAUGGGUGGGAGGUGCAGUUUGGCCCCAUUAAGGUCAAGUGUCACCUGCACCCUGGUAACCUGACCUGCAAUGAGUGUGAGCCAGGCUUGGUGCUGCAGGCUCUUCCCUCAGACAAGCCAGGAGAAGCUAUUGCCUCCUUCAAGAAUGCAAAGUCCAAGGAGAAAGCAAGGAGAAAAGAGCUAAAGGCCAUGCAGAAAAAGUACAAGCUGACUCACCGUGACCCUCAGUCCUCUGCCCCUGCUGCUGGCUACACUGACCGCACCCUCCUCCGUCAGACCGAAAAAGGCUCUGACAAUCCUUAUGAAAAGACUGAAGUGGCGUCCUCAGAGAUUCCCCUCAAGAAGACCAACAAAGGGUUUGCUCUGCUGCAGAAGAUGGGGUGGUCACAGGGCCAAGGUCUUGGCAAGACUAACACUGGAAUAACAGAACCUGUGCAGCCAGUGAGUGUGGUGGGACAAGCAGGCCUAGGAAGCUCUCAGGUGCCUGCCUUACCGACCCCUGAUCCCUGGGCAGAGAGGAGGAGGAAGCAGCUGCAGAUCACAAAGGAACGCUACAAGCAGUCCUCGUCAGGCCAUUAGCCACUGCCGAUGAGACAUUUCUUGUGGAUGCCAGUGUCACAUGCUCUAGUACUCUGGCAGCAUUCCAUAAGUUACUUCUGUGAUGUGAAAUUACUUUAAUUUGCUUGGUGGUGUGGUGGUUCAUAGUCUUGAUUAAAAAUUGAGACUCCUUGUUUGGGCAGGGGUAAUCUGGAUACAUCUCCUUCCAUGUUACAGUGGGUUAGUGAAGUUAGUGCAUAAUUCCGUGUUCUCAGGAAACCUUUCUUUGCCAUAUCUACUUAAGCUUGUAUACAACACUUCAUUCAGAUGCCCUUCAGCUCCCAACAAUCAGAUUACAACUCCACAGACAUUUAGGGAGGCUUGCUGAGAACAGAAAAGUAAUGUCUAAUCCAUCACUGUCGGUUUCAUUGGUUUCCUCUGCAUAGCACCUGUUCAUCUAUUAGAACCUAGUCAAGGAAUCAAGACCUCACUGCCUGGCAGAAGUAGAUGGCUAGCAAUCCUCUCCUUCUGUAUGUGUAUUUUCCUGCUGGAGCAGGCUGCCAGUCCUGCCUUACUGUGGGUGUGGAGGUGCAUAUAGGAGUCCUGGUAGCAAAAGACCAGACACCACACCAUAGAAAAGAGGUAAGGUAAAAACAUUAAAGACUAUUACUAAUAAUGAUGGCAAUAAUUUUCUGAAGAUCUCUGUCAUCAGUGCCUCAGUCAUAGAAUUAUGGGAUUAUCAUUUGUAGAUUUUGAGAACUGUAUAAAAGUGCCUGUCUGAACUCUCCUGAAGCAGCACCUGUCCCUGCAAAGUCCUUCUCCAUGCUGUAUUUUCAGGCCAAAGCAUAAAACUCAGGGUGUUGUAUUUUAUGAUCAUCACUCCAAAAAUGAUUCAUUUUCUUUCAGUGGACAUAUCUUCCAUGUUCACUUCCAUUACUUUCACCUCUCAUAUGACCAUUCUCCAUGAUGUGAAUGCUAAACCACUGACUUCUGUUCAAUAUCCAGGUUAUGGUAUCCUUAAGUGCCCUGCAUUUACUUGUUUGUUUAUUUAUUUAUUUAUUUAUUUAUUUAUUUAUUUAUUCAUUUAUUAUUAUUAUUAUUAUUAUUAUUAUUAUUAUUAUUAUUAUUAUUAUUAUUAUUAUUAUUAUUAUUAUUAUUAUUAUUAUUAUUGCUGUUAUUGUUGUGCCUGGACUCCUGGGGUAUAGCUUGAUGUUCCACAAGACUAUCUCUUUCCACCAGGGGCUGACAGGGAUAAGGGUGUGAGUGGUGUGUGUGUGUGUGUGUGUGUGUG